AUGAUCACGAUAAAGGUAGCUAUUCUAGUGCUAUGUCACUUGUGCUGCCUUGUAGUCGCUGUUGAUACUGCUGUCGAUUUGACAUGCAAUAAGUAUGUCGGCGUAGCUACGCCGAACGGGAUCACGCAAUGGCUUGGCAUGCGGUACGCCGCGCCGCCGGUCGGUAACCUGAGGUUUAUGCCUCCGCAGGAUCCCCCCUGCAAUAAGACAACACAAGUAGCCGAUCAGCAUGGGAAACUUUGCCUGUCAACAAGCAAUUCCCCACCGGACAGUAGCCAUGGAGAAGAUUGCUUGUUUCUCGAUGUGUAUGCACCGACCAACGCAACCCGGGACUCCAAUUUACCCGUAUACUUCUUUAUCCAGGGCGGAGGAUUCAAUGUUCUCAGCAAUCCGAAUCUUAAUGGAUCCGGUCUAAUCGAAGCUAGCGGGAACUCCAUUGUCGUUGUCACCUUUAAUUACCGUGUAGGCCCGUAUGGAUUUAUCACUCAUGAGGAUAAAAUUACGCCUAAUAAUGGGCUACGCGAUCAGCGGAAAGCACUUGAAUGGGUACAAAACCACAUCUCCCAGUUUGGUGGUGAUCCCGGACAUGUGGUUUUAGGCGGCGACUCGGCGGGCGCCGCUAGCAUCAGUCUUCAAAUGGUAGCAUACGAUGGCGAGGAGACCGACUUGUUCCACGCCGCUGCGGCUGAGUCGGUAUCCUUCGCCACAGUCCUUACCGUCGACGAAAGCCAGUACCUCUAUAAUAAUUUCUCAGCCCUUGUCGGAUGCUCAGGUUCUUAUUCUCUCGACUGCAUGAGAAAUAAGACUGCUACAGAACUCCAAAGCCAAAAUACAGGCUUGCCUUAUCCAGGUGAGAUGUCGAAGCCAUUGUAUGCCUGGAACCCGGUACUCGACAAUGACUUUCUCACGGACUACACAUACAGCUCGUUCGCCAACGGCAAGUUUGUCAAGAUCCCCGUGAUCUACGGCGAUGAUACCAAUGGAGGGACAACAUUUACACCAAGGAGCACGUCGACUCUUGCUGAAAGCGAGGCAUUUCUGCGUGCCCAGUUUCCUUAUCUAACUCAAGAUCAACUAGACAAGAUCAGCUCUUUAUAUCCAAAUGAGAAUGACACCUGCCCAAGCACCGGUUGCUACUGGCGCCAAGUCAGUGACGUUUAUGGUGAUAUGAGAUAUACGUGUCCGGGACUAUACAUAUCUUCAGCAAUGAGGAAAUACGGAGUUGACCAGUCAUACAACUACCGCUACAACGUCGAGGAUCCGGACCAAGUCGCCGAGGGGCUAGGCGUGCCUCAUACUAUAGAGUUGGCGGCAAUCUGGGGUCCGGAGAAUGUUGGGGGUGCACCAGCGAGUUAUGAGAACGGCGGCAUCAAUGUUCCGGUCAUCCCUGUUAUCCAGGCGUAUUGGACGAGUUUCAUCCGUACAUUUGAUCCGAAUACGUAUCGACACCCUGGCGCAGCAGCUUGGAGGAGAUGGAACGUGAGACAACAGAACCGUCUCUUAUUCCAGACAGGCGGCAAUACGACUAUGGAAACCGUGGCGCCAGACGCUCAAACCCGUUGUAGAUAUUUUGCGAGCAUCGGUGUCGAUAUACGACAAUAA